AAAAAAAAAAAAAAAAAAAAAAGAAAGAAAGAAAGAAAGAAAAAACCCCAUAGCUCAGUGACCCACGAACAGAGGACAGAAGAGCAUUUGUGGCGUCGCGAAAGGAAGCCCCUCUCUCCCCCGAGUACCGGCCAAGCUCCUUCCAUGGAAUUUUUUCGGAGUGCCAUACUGCAACCUGGGCCACCUGAAACUUUUGCUCUGCAAACAGUUCAACAAGUGAUAAAACCACAGAAACAAACAAAGUUAGCCCAAGAUGAGAAUCAGUUAUUGGAAAAUAUCAUCCGGACUUUGCUUCAGGAGCUGGUGUCUUCUGCAGUACAGUCAGGGGAGCCAAUAAUGCAGUAUGGGCAAUCAAUUGACGAGGGAGGGAGUACUCAGGCUCAUAUUCCUCGUCUUCUUGAUGUUGUGUUAUAUCUCUGUGGAAAAGAGCACAUUGAAGGUGGCAUGAUAUUCCAGCUGUUGGAGGACUUAACUGAAAUGUCUACAAUGAGGAAUUGCAAAGACAUUUUUGGUUAUAUAGAGAGUAAACAGGACGUAUUAGGCAAGCUUGAGCUUUUUGCUCGUGGGAAACUUGUUAUGUUGAGGACAUGCAAUCAGCUUCUUCGUCGUCUAUCAAAGGCAAAUGACGUAGUCUUUUGUGGACGAAUUCUCAUGUUUCUAGCGCAUUUCUUUCCAUUAUCUGAGCGCUCAGCUGUGAAUAUAAAAGGAGUUUUCAACACGUCAAAUCAAACAAAAUAUGAGAAAGAACCCCCGGAUGGCAUUUCCAUUGAUUUCAACUUUUAUAAGACCUUUUGGAGUUUACAGGAGCAUUUUUGCAACCCGGCUUCCCUUCCUCUUGCUCAUCCAAAGUGGCAGAAAUUUGUGUCCAGUUUAAUGGUUGUGCUGAAUACAUUUGAAUCCCAACCUUUAAGUGAUGAAGAGGGAGACGCCAAUAAUUUGGAGGAGGAGUCAGCAACUUUCAGUAUAAAGUAUCUUACAAGCAGUAAACUUAUGAGUUUGGAGUUAAAGGAUCCAAGUUUCCGACGCCAUAUUCUUGUGCAGUGCCUCAUACUGUUCGACUAUUUGAAGGCCCCAGGAAAGAAUGAAAAGGAUUUGCCUUCCGAGAAUAUGAAAGAUGAAAUAAAAUCUUAUGAGGAUCAUGUUAAAAAGCUACUUGAGAUGACUCCACCAAAGGGUAAAGAUUUCCUUCAUAAAGUUGAGCAUAUAUUAGAACGUGAAAAGAAUUGGUUAUGGUGGAAACGUGAUGGGUGUCCACCAUUUGAAAAGCAACCAAUAGAGAAGAAAGUGGUUCAAGAUGGAGUUAAAAAACGUAGGCCAAGGUGGAGACUGGGAAAUAAAGAGCUUUCUCAGUUAUGGAAGUGGGCAGAUCAGAAUCCGAAUGCUUUAACUGAUCCUCAACGUGUUCGAACACCGUCCAUCACAGAGUACUGGAAACCCUUGGCUGAAGAUAUGGACCCAUUAGCUGGAAUAGAAGCUGAAUAUCACCAUAAAAAUAACAGGGUUUAUUGCUGGAAAGGUCUACGCUUUUCAGCUAGACAGGACUUGGAAGGAUUCUCUAGAUUUACUGACCAUGGCAUAGAGGGAGUAGUGCCCUUAGAACUUUUACGACCAGAUAUCCGCUCGAAAUAUCAAGCUAAGUCAAAUGAAAGGUCUAAACGCGCUAAAAAGGAAGAAGCAAAGGAUGCUGAAAACCAGAUUGCAAUGCCUGCAAGUGAGAUAGACGAAGGGAUCAGGCCCGAUCUUGAGGCGUCUGCAACCACAAUGGAUGCCGAAACCACAGCUGGAACAGGAACGGUGUCCCAAGGUGGCAGUCCAAUGCCCGAUGAGCACCAGAAACAAAGCUCGGACGCAGAUGCCGGUCAAGAGGCUGGCCAGUUGGAAGCAGAUGCCGAGGUCGAGGCAGGGAUGAUAGAUGGUGAGCCAGAUACAGAGGUUGAUUUUGAUCCAGCAACCUGAGAUAUGUGGCAGAAGUUUACAAAGGGUUCCCCCCAAGUCCUAGAGAAUAUCAACAAAAAUGUGUGCUAAAGCAAAGAAUGUCAAAUUUCUGUCCCUAUUUGUAACUUCCGAUAGUGUGGUUUAAUUUAGUGACACUACAGUUUUAUGCCAAUUGCGUAGGCAAAGAAUGCCAAAUUUCUAUCACUUUUAGUUUUCUUUCCGUCCAUUGGGAUUAAUUUGCCGUAAAAAGUUUGACCUUGGGGUAGCGGGGAAACAAAGAUGGAAUUUUAGUCCAAACCGAGCCUCUUUUUCGGCUCGUUUCCAUUC